AUGGUUUUCCAGUCCAUCUUGAUGCUAAAAGGUUGGUCGGUAAUGGAAAUCAACUUUUCCUCUUCCUGAUUUCGUCAAUCAGGUCAAAGAUCGAAGUUCCCAAAUCCCCGAAAACCGAAUCCCCGAUCGCCGCACUUCAGAUCUCUCCGGUGCAAAGCAGGGCAGCUCUCGAUCCACCUGAACAAUCCCGCCCAAUUCCAGUAUUAGUCAUCGCCGUGUUCUCGAAUUUUGCCCUCGAGGAAUCUUGGCAGAGGGGGACGAAGAUGGAGAAAGUGAUGAACAUGAUAAAGCCGAAAUCCAACCCCCAGCAGCAAUUGAGGGACUGGCAGCGUCGCCUCCGCCAAGAGUGUCGCAACAUCGAACGCCAAAUCCGGGAUAUACAGAGAGAAGAGAAGAAUGUGCAGAAGGCAAUAAAAGAAGCUGCUAAGAGGAACGACAUGGUCUCUGCAAAGGCUCUUGCCAAGGAGGUUGUAUUAUCGAGGAGAACGGUGAACCGGCUCUAUGAAAACAAGGCGCAAAUGAACUCGAUCUCGAUGCAUCUCGGCGAGAGUGUGGCAAUUGCUCGGACUGUUGGCCACCUGUCUAAGAGUGCAGAGGUGAUGAAGCUUGUCAAUAAUCUUAUGAAAGCUCCAGAAAUGGCCGUUACUAUGCAAGAGUUCAGCAAAGAAAUGACAAAGGCAGGGGUUAUCGAAGAGUUUGUCAAUGAUGCCGUGGACACUGCCCUAGACUCGGAGGACAUUGAAGAGGAGAUUGACGAGGAAGUUGAUAAGGUCUUGACCGCCAUAGCCGGGGAGACAGCUGCACAGCUUCCAGAAGCAGUAAGGAAGGAGAAGGUGAAGCAAUCUGCUCCUACCGCAGAAGAGGAUGAAGCCAUAGCUGAGGGCGCCGACGAUGAGGAAGAGAUGGAAGCAAUAAGGGCACGCCUUGCCAAAGUUAGGUCGUAAUGUCACCGAGUUUGCAUUGGCUUAUUUAAGUUAUAAAUCUCAAGGCAUUAAUCCUCUAACCCAGUUGAGAUUAUUGAUGUAAUGAUAUGAAGGAGGUUGCCAUAUCCGAGUUGCUGUCUCUUUGUAUAAAAUACAGACGAAUAUGUAAGCAUGGAGCUUUUAAUUGUAAUCAGGAAGCACUUCAAUUCUUAUCCAAUAGUCGAGAUGUCGGGGGAACUGAAGUUGAAGCGAAGAAGAUACAGAUAUGUACCGCAAUAAUGUAAGCUCUUAGAAACAAUGUACUAUGUAGAAGCUGAAGCUGAGGGCCAUGUCAUUGUCUUCUUGCUGAUAUUAACAGAAGUUUUAAGAA